CCCUCGUGGUGUGAGGGCGGUGAUGUUUUUCCUCCCACCCACUUUUGAGUCCCCCCUCCCCCUUCGCGCGCACUGUAGCUCUCGCCACAACCUGCGAGCCCCAGACCUCGGAGGAGCGUCCCGGGGAGCUCAGAGCGCGUGCACGCGUGGCAGACGGAGGCCAGUGCCCAGCUUGAGUACACUGCUCCUUGAAGAUUCUGAGUUACAUUUUGCAGUGACUCAAAUGAGAAAAAAGUGGAAAAUGGGAGGCAUGAAAUACAUCUUUUCCUUCCUGUUGUUCUCUCUUUUCCUAGAAGGAAGCAAAGCAGAACAAGUAAAACAUUCAGAGACAUAUUGUGUGUUUCAAGACAAGAAGUACAGAGUGGGUGAGAAAUGGCAUCCUUACCUGGAACCUUAUGGUUUGGUUUACUGUGUGAACUGCAUCUGCUCAGAGAAUGGGAAUGUGCUUUGCAGCCGAGUCAGAUGUCCAAAUCUUCAUUGCCUCUCUCCUGUGCAUAUCCCUCAUCUGUGCUGCCCUCGCUGUCCAGAAGACUCCUUACCCCCAGUGAACAGUAAGGUGACCAGCAAGUCAUGUGAGUACAAUGGGACUACUUAUCAACAUGGGGAGCUGUUCGUGGCUGAAGGGCUCUUUCAGAACCGGCAACCCAAUCAGUGCACCCAGUGCAGCUGUUCGGAGGGGAAUGUGUAUUGUGGUCUCAAGACUUGUCCCAAAUUAACUUGUGCAUUCCCAGUCUCGGUUCCAGAUUCCUGCUGCCGGGUAUGCAGAGGGGAUGGAGAAUUGUCGUGGGAACAUUCUGAUGGUGAUAUCUUCCGGCAACCUGCCAACAGAGAAGCAAGACAUUCUUACCACCGCCCUCAUCAUGAUCCUCCACCAAACCGACAGGCUGGAAGUCUGUCUCGCUUUCCAGGGGCUAGGAGUCACCGAGGAGCUCUUAUGGAUUCCCAGCAAGGAUCAGGGACCAUCGUGCAGAUUGUCAUCAAUAACAAACACAAGCACGGACAAGUGUGUGUUUCCAAUGGAAAGACCUAUUCUCAUGGCGAGUCCUGGCAUCCAAACCUCCGGGCAUUUGGCAUUGUGGAGUGUGUGUUGUGCACUUGUAAUGUCACCAAGCAAGAGUGUAAGAAAAUCCACUGCCCCAAUCGAUAUCCUUGCAAGUAUCCUCAAAAAAUAGAUGGAAAGUGCUGCAAGGUGUGUCCAGGUAAAAAGGCAAAAGAAGAACUUCCAGGCCAAAACUUUGACAGCAAAGGCUACUUUUGUGGAGAAGAAACAAUGCCUGUGUAUGAGUCUGUGUUCAUGGAGGAUGGGGAGACUACCAGAAAAAUAGCACUGGAAACAGAGAGACCACCUCAGGUAGAGGUCCAUGUUUGGACCAUUCGAAAGGGCAUUCUACAGCACUUCCACAUUGAGAAGAUCUCCAAAAGGAUGUUUGAGGAUCUCCAUCAUUUCAAGCUGGUGACCAGGACAACCAUGAGCCAGUGGAAGAUAUUCACCGAAGGAGAAGCUCAGAUCAGCCAGAUGUGUUCAAGUCGUGUGUGCAGAACAGAACUUGAAGAUUUGGUCAAGGUUCUGUACUUGGAGAGGUCUGAAAAGGGCCACUGUUAGGCGAGACAGACAGUAUUGGAUAGGGUCAAGCAAGACAACCAAAGCUGCAGCUGGACUGCCGGCUUAUUUUGCUUAAGUCAACAGUGCCCUCAAACCCCAAACUCAGAUGCAGUCAAUUAUUCAUGCCAUGCACAGCAUAACUUGCUCCUUUAUGUGAAGUGUUGUGUCAGCCCUUAAACAUCUUCUCUAAAGAGACUCUAAGAGUCUUGAAUGAUUAAUGGGAGGAGCGGAGAUCGAAGAUCACACUGCAGCUCUAGUUUCUUGGAGAAUCACAUUUCUUUACAGGUUAAAGAGCUAACAAAACCCCAGGGUUUCUAUCUAGAAAGUUAUUCAAAUGAAAGAAAGAGAAGGGAAUUGCUUAGUAGAAGUUCUGGAGUUUAGAGCAAUUAUUUGUAUGAAAUUAUAAUCUUUGAAUCUCAGAAUGUCUUUUGUUCUUUAUAAAAACAUUACAUCCCAUACUCACAGGCACGAACACAUACAUAUUACAACCACACGCAUGUGAAAUUACAGUGUCCACUCUGAGGCAAAGCCAGCCUAGACUCUGCCCUUAUUUCCUUAGUCUGGCUCUGAAGUACCUUGGAGAGUGUUGGUACCCAUGGAGAACAAAAAAGAAUUGGAAGAAAAAGGUUCUGCCUCUAGGCCUUUGAGGUGGCUGUUGAAGUCACCAACAAUAGUGGCAGGGUGAAGAAUAAGAGCACUGUGUCAUGGCCUUAAUCACUUUGAAGUGAUAAAUAAAUUUUCCCUAAUGAUAUACUUUGUCUUUUCUCCCUGAGCAUAUGGAGUCUCCAUAAAGAAGCUAGAAUUAGGUAAAAUUGCCAGAAACUAAAUCAAUAUAAGACAAAGCAAUUGUUGAAGAAAGGAAUUGAUAAUAAUAAAAUAGGUCAUUUUUGUUUUCACAUCAAUAAAACUCACCCACUAAUAGAGUGAUACUAAUUUUCUUAAGGCCAUAGUUGUCUAGCCAGAAAAUUGAGGUGGAGUUAUUAAGUUGUAGAAGCUCCUUAAAAGGGAAGUUACAGGAGUUUAUUUUUUACUUUGCAAAGAGGCUUAACCCUCAUGAGUUUCUGAAUGUUGGCUCUUCAGUUAAGAGAGUUGAGUUAUUGUGCAUUUGGGGAGCUGAGAAUUCUGAUAAAGAUCUUUAGAUUAAACCCUCCUACCAUCCUUGCCUUAUUUACUAAGGAGAGUGAAUUUGAAUUGAGGAUUCUAGGGAAGGCUACUCCUAAAAUGUCUAUUUGCAGUCCAAUACCAGAACAUAAAUUAUCCAUUCGGAGAUCCAGCUUUAGAAAUCAUCUCUUUGGGAAACGUAAAUUUUUCACAGCAAGGAUCUCAAGCUGUCCCUCUGGAUUUGUCUCCUCUAAGGAACAUGAAUGAAAUAUUAAAGACCAAGAAAUCCCAUCAUUUCCUAUUCCAUGGCCGUAGGAGAGAUAAUAUGUUUUCCUUAGUGUUUUGACACUGGUAGGGUAAAACAUAAAAGGUCCAGUCUUGAUGGCAUCCUGGUAUAACAGUCAGUCCUCAUAAGAGAUGCAAGGGCCCUGUGACCAGGACUUCAUAGAACAAGCCCUUACCAAGCCCAUCACACACAUUCCCCUUAGAAUGGGAAGUAGGGCAUCCUGGGCUGAAAUGCUCCACACAAUAUUGUGUGUGUCUGGUGGGGGAAGGGGUGGUUAGGCAGCCAUUGUCUGUCUCAGAGGUGGCAGUGUUUUGAUAGCAUGGAGGCCAGUAACCAGAUCGUAAAGAAAAGUAGUGAUUCCCCUUCUAGAUGAUUCCCCCUACAGCCUUCCCACCCAGAUAUUCUCUGAAAGCUCAGCCUUAAGGGAACACCCAGAGAGCUUCCCUAGAUAGGCUCCCAGUGCUGGGACACACCUUUCCAAAGUGCUGUGGGAAGCCUGAGCUGGGAGGUGUGUUAAGUCGACGUAGAAACCCCAGUAUUUGGUGUUGUGUAGGGAGUAGGACAUAGAGAAAAGAGGCCAGCUGUAGUUAGUAGAGAAGAAUGGAUGUGGUUCUUGUGUAUUUAUUUGUAUCAUAAACCCUUGGAACAACAAAGACCAUAAGCACCAUCUUGCAGUUGUAGCCAUUUUCUAGUUAACUCAUGUAAACAAGUAAAGAGUAACAUAACAGUAUUACCCUUACACUCUUCUCACAGGACAUGUACCUGAAUAUGGUACUUAUUUAUGUAGUCACUGUA